ACAUUCCAUCCAAUUGCACAAGAUCAAAGCGAUCCAAGCCCAUAAACAUUAGGGUUUGAUCCUUGUGUGGUAUUAUGAUGAUUACCUAGUACCUAGCCUCUGUCGUUUUAUUUUUACCAGUGAUCUUUAUCCAUUAUUAGAAUAAAUAUGGAUAUGAAUUUGAGCAAUACGCUUUUAGCUGGCGAUCCUCGAUUAGUGGACCACAUCGUUGGCCAAGUCAAGUCGCAGGGAAUCUUUGAUCAGUGUCGAAAAGAAUGCAUCGCCGAUGUUGACACGAAGCCUGCCUACCAGAAUUUGCAAAAUCGUGUAGAGGGCUCAGUAAACUCCUUCCUGAGGUCGCAAACAUGGAAGCCGGACUUGAACAAGAACCAGCUUCGGGAAACCUUGCGAAAGCAUAUUCACGAUGCUGCUUUUCUAGAAGUCGGAGUGGAACGGAUAGUUGAUCAAGUAGUAAAUCCAAAAAUUUAUUCCGUCUUCAGGCCUCAAAUCGAAGAUGUCGUUUACAAAUUCUUAGGUUUGGAAAGGCCUAGACAGCGGGAAAAGAAUGGCCCCUGCGCUCUCAAGGAUUUACUGCCCAAAGAUUUGGACCCUAUUUCUCCAGAAUCCGACCGGAACAGCUUGAAAGACGAAUCUCUAGAAUCGAUUGACCUCAACGACCAACAUCUGAAUGGACGUGGAGAGAUGCUUUCAGAGUCUAAAUCACAAUUGGCGAACGUGGAAAUGAAGCACGUAGAUGAUAUCAAGAAAGAAGAGAUAACCAAAAUCGAGAACGUGAAAGUUGAAGAGUUGAAAAGGAUAGAUGAAAUAAAGGUUGAAGUGAUUGAAAGAAUGGAGGAGACUGAAGAGAUAAAGAACGGUCAAGAUUUAGAUGAAAACUCGAUGGAGUUUGAGAAACCGCUUACAAAGACUGCUUCCACAUCGAAUCUGAACAUCUCGUUCAGGUCAGAUGACAAGACUGAGGAGGAGGAAGAGAGUCCCCAAUUCGAGCCAAUUGAUAUAAUGAAUUUAAACGAAUCAAACCUCUCCAACGACUCUCAUCUCUCUGGAAUUUCAGAACUAACAAGUCACAGGUCGCGAAGUCCGGAUUACUCCAAUGAAUUUUCGAGAGACCACUUUGAUCUGAGCAAUCACGAUCAAGAUUCCCAGCUCAGUAAAGUGUCCUCCAACUCUAGAUUAUCAAUCGUCACCGAUUUCGGAUCCUCGAAUCAAGCUUCUUCCCAUUUUCCGAUUGCGAACGAGGACAGCAAGGAUAAAUCGAGGGAUAAUUUCCGAGCCAUCAGGGAUGUUGAGGAAGGGAAGUACAAAGAGAGCAAGUUUAAUUUUGAAAGUAUUAAAAGUAAAGCAAGCUCCCAAGAAAAAGAUUCGAAGAGUCUCAAGAGUUUUUCUUCCAGAGAGAAUUCUCGUGACGAGGCUGAUAGCUUGAGGGAGAAGAGCGAGAGCAAAGACGGGAAGGAUAGAAACGAAUCUUUCAAAUCGAAGAUUCCGAAAAUUAAAAGCGAGUCAAGAGAUUCAAAACGACACAGAGACAGAGAUAGGGACAGGAAGAAGCAAAGCAGUUCUAGCAGCAGUUCGAGGCAUUCAAAAUCGAGUGCGAAUGACAGAGACCAAUCUCGAGAAGGUUCAGAAAAAACGAAACUGAAAGAGGAGAAAACAAAAGAGAAGGAAGAGAAAAAGGUCAAAGACGAGAGGAAGGAAAAGGAAGAUAGAAAGGAAAAGGAUGAGAAGAAAGAUUCAGAGAGGAGAGAUUCAGAGAAGCAAGAAAUGGUACAAGAUAUCUUUAAGGAUCUGAAAGACAUUUACAAAGAAAAAAUCAGAGAGUUGCGAGAAAAGAAAGAGCUGACGGAGAAGGAAAAGUUAAAUAAAGAUUCAAAGACUAAAGAUUCGAAAGAAAAGAGAGAUUCUUCCCGAGACAAGAAGGAUCACAAAAAGGAUCACAGAACCUCGAAAAGUUCUGAUCGUCACGAGAAAAGCUCGCGAAAAUCUAAUGAGUCCAAAGACAAAGACAAGAAACGCGACGAUCAUCGCAGUUCUAAAGACAGCAAAAGCAGAAGUUCCAGGAGUGAGAAGGAAUCACGAGCCAAAAGGGAUGGGAAGAGUGAGAAAUCAGAAAGCAGAAAAGAUUCCAAGAGCGAGAGUCAGUCAAAAGAGAAGAAGCAGAGGGAGGAAAAGAAAAAAUCCAAGGACGAUCACUCCAGUUUGAGAAAGAACUCAAACGACAGAAGAUCCACUGACCGAGAUGGAUCCAAUGGUUCGAAUAGUAAGAGUUCUCAAAAAACUACAUCCACAGAAAAAUCGACCACGACAUUAACUAAGGAAACUAACAAGACAAAUUCUGGUGGCGAUACGUCGGAUGGAAUUGAAGAUUCCCAAGGAAACACUAGUAAAUUGGCAACCACUGAAUUUGAAACUCAAGAUCCGGGAAGUAAUUCAACUUCAGGAGAAGAUAUUCAACUUGUGUGGUCGGAAAACUCUUCGAAAACUGACAAUUCAAAUGCAGAUACAAAUGCAUUGAAUGAGGCUGUCUUGCCCCUGAAAAAACGACCAUUUCCCGAAGAUUCGUCUUCGCCUUCACCUACAUCUUCUACCGAAAAAGUGAAGAAGCCAAAGUUUGCCAAGAAUUUCAACGAGGCCAAGAAGCUUAUGAAGAUCAGAAGACGGAUGGAGAAGCAAAAUCCGGAUCAAGAUGAAGUUAAGGUGAUCAAGUCUGAAGUGCAGAAAUUGAAAGUCGAGGAAUCUGGGAAGGAAAGUCUGUCGAAUUCUCCUCUUCCUGAGGAAGACAUAACCAAAGUUCCAGAUGAAGAGAGGGUCCAGAUAAUCCAAGUUCCGGACGAGGAAUGCGAGGAACCUUACUCUGAGGAAAUUAACAGUUUGACUCUAGAGGAAACCUCGAUGAUAAUUUUAGAAGGUCAAAUUUUGAGAGAAAGUCAUAAGAAGGAGUCAAAAUUAUCGCUAAUGGAGAGAUCCAUUCGUCAAUCUUUGGAUGAAAUGAUGUCAGAUCAAAAAUUAGCUGAGAAUGCCGAACGAAAUAUCGAGAGAGAAUCUUUGACGAAUUUGAGAGAAGAUGCCUCACAAAAAGAAAACGUUUCUUCUGAAAAAGAUGUCGAGACUGUUAAAGAGGAGUGCAUUUUAUCAGAAAAUGACAAAAAGGAUGAUAUAUUUAGUGACAAAAAAUCUUUAGAAGAUGAAGCUGAGGAGAAUUUGAAUCUUGAAAAAUUGGAGAAAGUUGAUGAGAAAUUGAAGGAUAUUCCUGAAGAAGAGAUCGUUGAAUUUCCAAAUCAACAAGGGGCUAAACUCGAAUCUGAAGAAAAGAUACAGCCUAAAAACGAAACUUCCAACGAAACUCUGUCGCCAAAAAUGGAGUUGAGAGUAUCAAUGGGAAUAAAGCAAACUACUGAAGAUUUGAUGAGAAAUCUGCUAAUUGAAAAAUUAGCUUUAAGUGAAAAAUGUUCUCCGGAAAUCAGAAAAGAAUCGAAUAAAAGUCCGAAUAACGAAACAGUUUCUGAAAACAAUUUGGAAGUAAUGAAAGAGGAUUUGUCUAAAAGUAAGGAACAUAUUGAAGAUGAUGAAAAGUAUAAAGAAAAAGAUCAUAGAGCAAUAUCACCAGUGGAAGAAGACUGUUUGUACUUGGAGCCAGAUAAUGAGCGAGCUAAGAGAUUUGCAAGAUUCCUCGAGUCAUUCGAGAAAAAAUUGAAUGUUGAUAAAGAUAUGAAGAGUUUUGGGGAAAAUUCUCACGAAAAAUCUGAGCCGAAAAGUAUGGCGCCGCCGCAAUUGAAACGAAAACUAUCGUCCAGUCCUCUGAGUGAUAUUUUGCUACAAAAUGCUAAUAAUAAUAAUGAUGGCAUCAAGGAAGGAGACACUGAAGCACAUCAUGAGAAAGGGGAACAUGGAUUGAAGCGGAGAAAAUUGGGAAGGCCAAAAAAGCAGAGGCCUAGUCUGAGUAGUUUUAAUCCACCAGGACUCUUAAACGGAGAGAACUUUGUUAUGCCUCUCAGUCCGGAAAGCGAUGUUUCUGCAAGCAGUGAAAAGACAUCUGGACAACCAAUUAAAGAGGAAAAAAGUCGGACGAGGAAUAAUCAGCGGUAUUCGAGCGAUGACCUCUACAAACCACGACCACUUUUUUCGAGUUCAUCUCGCCGCAACAGAAGAUCUAAUCAAGCAUAGCUCAGAAUUUAAGUAUAUAUUUCCAUACAACUUCCAUAUCUCAAAUUUCGAGACCCAGAAUAUUUUUUUAAAAUUGCAACUUCUCAUCUUAUUAUAAAUCGCUCACAUAAUACGUAACUAGUUAUAUUUGUCUUUUUUCUAUACGGCUUCUUACGACGGAAGUGGAGAAUUUAAAUACUCGAAUCUAAAUCAUAAAAGCCAAGUUGGAAAAUUGGAAAGCGAAAAAUCAAAAUUAAAAGGAUGAUGUUAAUAUCCCAAGUCUAUUGAAAUAUUAUUUUGUGAAUUACAAACAAAAAAUACAAUUGAGUAUAUUUUUAUUUUACUUGAAAAAAAAAGUGAAACGAAAUCUCAUAUGAUUGAAAUUACUUACUUAUUCAGUAGUGAACGUUUUCACCGCAAGUUUCGACAAUUUAUGUUUUUAUAUAUAAUGUAAGUUUGAUAUUUGAGAGAAGGAUUUGACUUGAAGAGAGUCAUGUUAAUCUAUUUUUGUUUCAUUUAUGACGUGAUGGUCGUUUUCUAAAAAUCAUUUUAUUUUUAUCGUAAUUAAUGAUGAAUAUAAAAAAUGUGUUUGUAAGCCCAGUGUAUAUACAUAGUACAUACGAGCGUGUACAUAUACCGAGUAUUGUUUAUAAUGUAUAGGUAUACUUAUUGCAACUUGUUAGUAGCCAUUUUGUAUUUUCUUGUUAAAAGGCGAAUCGUUGCUAUUUAUACAAAAUAUAGCAAUGUGAUAAUGUUCUUGAUACAAUUCGUAUUCGUUGAGUUAAAUGCUUCAAAAUAA